AUGGUUCUCAGGGGAAAGAAGAGCACGCGCGUUGCAUCUCCAGUCCCGGAAGAUCCUUUCCAGCCUCAGUCGAGCAAUUUUGUUCGAGCAUUGGAUGGAAACCCACCACCGACCAAAAUCGAACUGGAGAUUGCAAAACGUGUAGGUCGAUCCAGAUCCCCUUCAAUUCUACCCGGAGUUCAACCCUUGCCGCAGGAGCUUAUCAGUACAAUGGUAGGCCAACUUACACCUGGGAAAUACUAUGCUAGGUCUGUGACUCAAUACCUCGGCCCUUUUGACAACGAACCAACAGGUGACGAUUUGCCUAGCGGUGAUAGUUACUUCAUCUUUCAGAAGAUGGGGACGAUUGCUGAGACAGGAAAGUUCGUUUUUCGUCACGUAAAGAAAAUUGAUGUCCCAACAAGGGCCUCAUCUUCACGGCCGCUUUCACCAUCGGAAUUGCCAGGAGUUAGAGCGCUAAACGAUGAGCUGGAUGAAAGUGCCAGAGAGAACCUAAGGCCUGGGCAGUACUAUGCAAAGUCCAUGAGUCACUACUUGGGGCCUUACAGUACUAUCCCUUCUCCAGAUCUGCUUCCCUCUGGGGAAUCCUACGUUAUCCUACAGGAAAUGGGUCGAAUGCCAACUGGAUCCAUGAUUUUGCGACGUGUAACUCAAAUUGAUCGAUGA